AUGCGCUUUGCCUGGGUGUGCUCAUCUCUCGCCCUAGCAAAUGGAUUCCUACCCCAGACUUUCCGCCCUCCUCGCAGCAAGCACACCGCACCCGCCUCCGCAUUACGAUUGUCCAUAGACUCGAGCUCGCCGCCCGUCUCCGCAUCCGACUCUGAUGGCCUGGUGGUCGGACUGAACAAGUACUCCCACGACAGCUCCGUGUGCAUCCUCUCCUACCGGGACGGCACCUGCCUCUUCGCGGGCGAGAAGGAGCGCCUGACGCGCGCCAAGCACGACGGCGGCGACACGGGCGAGCUCGUCUCCCACGCCCUCCGCUCCGUGGGGGCCAGCCUCGAAGACGUCCGCCUGGUCGUCUCCAACAACCACCACCACCGCGUCGCCCCCUUCGAGGAGAGGGUACCGUGGGCGGUUGCCCAGGGCACCUACCCGGCCAGCUACGCCUCCGAGGAAAACCUCAUCCCGGGCGCCGCCCACGCGGAGCUCUCGCACCACCUGGCCCACGCCUGGAGCGCGGCGGCCCUGUCGCCCUUCGACUCCGGGCUUAUCGUCGUCAUGGAUGGGAUGGGAGAGUCCCACGGGGCCAUGGCCCGCGCAGAAGCGGAGGCAGUAGCGCGGGAAGAGUACGAAAAUGCCCGCGACGUUGACGGCCAGGCGCAGCAGCAGCAACAGCAACAGCGACAAGGAGAAAGACCACCGCCGGUGGAGUACUACAACGACCUGCGGCUGAUGAGGGAGCUCGGGGCGGGCGGGGAGAUGGCGGAGGGCACCGAGGUUCCCGGCGACGGCAGCCCCGGGUUCCAGCAAGUGCCGGAGGAGCUUCUGCCGCACGAGGCGUACCGCGAGGCUGAGAGCGCCUACCAGUUUAUGCCAGGGGCGGACGGGGGACCCACCCUCGUCCCUAUCUACAAGAGGUGGAUAAGGGAGCGCUCCCCGCCCGAGCUGUUCAACCACGGUUUUGAGAACAUGGAGUCGAUGGGGGCGGUGUACAGCCGGGUCAGCAGCCACAUAUUCGGCGACUGGAAUGCUUGCGGAAAGGUUAUGGGCCUCGCGCCGUACGCCUCCAAGUCGUCUCCACCCGCCGCUGGCGAGCUCCCUCCGCCCCCCCGGCUGACCUCGGGUUCUCUCCUGCUGGGUGGAAAGGGCGGCGGCGGCACCGGCGAGGACGCCUUCUACGUUGACUGGGAGGCCAUCGAGAGCCUGCCCCGCCCCAACGGGCUCGGACAGGAGGGCGACGGUCAGGACGAAGGGGACGACGGGAGCGGCAACGAGGAUGGCUUGCAUGGGCUGGGGUCGUUCUACGCGGCCCUGGCGUCCAGGGCUCAGGAGGGCCUGGAGGAGGCGGCGCUGGAGUUUGUCAAGGGGCUGAGGGACAGGACCGGCGAGGAGAACGUGUGCCUGUGUGGGGGCGUGGCCUUGAAUAGCGUGCUCAAUGGGAAGAUCGCUCGAGAGGCCGGCUUCCGGCGUGUUUUCGUCCCGCCGUGCCCGGGCGACGAAGGGGUUGCGGUCGGCUGCGCGUCCUUCGGCUGGCACCAGCGCCGGCUGCUUCUCCCAUCAAGCGGAGACACCACCCUAUCCCCUACCGAUAAGAAGAACGGUGACCCUACCGCUGUCUGCGAGGAAGAAAACCUGACAGACACGCCGGUGGAGAGUGGCGGCGGCGGCGACUUGGAGGGCCGCCCAAAGGUGGUAGCGGGGCCGCUAGGGUCCGGGGAGCUGCGCACUCCGUACUGGGGGAGGGGCUGGACCGAGGACGACGUGGAGGAUGAGAUAGCGGAGUGGGAGCGCUGGGUGGACGUCCGUCAGAUUAACGGCGUGGAGGAGGUAGCCCAGGCCAUCGCUGACGGGAAGGUUGUGGCGUGGUUCCAGGGAAGGGGAGAGUUCGGCCCCCGCGCUCUCGGGUCUCGAUCUCUGUUGGCGGACCCGCGGGACCCCGAGAUGCCGGCGAGAAUAAACGCGGACGUCAAAAAAAGGGAAGAUUUUCGGCCAUUCGCGCCUUCGGUGCUCGCCGAGGAGGCCGAGGACUGGUUCGAGGGCCUGCCUCCAGACGGGUCCCCCUACAUGUCGCUCACGGCCCCUGCCAAGCCCGGCGUGGCGGAGAGGGUUCCGGCCGUGUGCCACGUUGACUGGUCGUCCCGGCUGCAGACGGUAACAGAGGAAUCGUCCCCGCUAUACCACAGGCUGAUCACGGCCUUCUUUAAGAUGACGGGGGUACCGAUGGUCCUCAACACGAGCUUCAACGUCAUGGGAGAACCCAUCGUGGAUUCUCCUCAAGACGCGAUCCGGUCCCUACACGGGUCGGGGGGAGCCAUCGGCAUGCUGGUGCUACACGACCGCGUCCUGACGGCGAAGCCCUUCCCCCCGGAUGCGGCGCGGGAUAGCGGCGAGGACGGAGAAGGGGAGUUUGACGAGGAGGAGGCGUGGAGCGGCAUGACGCCGGUUCAGGCGGUCGGCUUCCGGUCGGAGGUGACCGAGAGCAGCGACGGGGAGAUCCUUCGUGCGCGUGUUCAGCCCACCGACGGGCAAGAGAAGUGGAUUGAGUUGGGGGAGAUGGAGCUUGACCUGCUGGAGCUGGCGGAUCGGUCGUUGUCGUUGACGGAGAUGAUGGAGGAGGUCGUCGAAGAACGGCUAAGCCGGCGAGAAGAAGACGAUGACGAGGAGGGGAGUGACGGUGGUGAGGAAGAGGAUGGCGUCGGCUCUGACGGAGAGGACAUGGAGGGGCUGGCGAUAGAGGCGGUACGGGGGGAGGUGCUGGGAGCGUUGCGGUCGCUCUACCAAAAUCGCCUCGUUGCGUUCGAAGACUGA